UUUCCUUGCAGGUGCAACUCUUCUUUUCUUCCGGGAUCGAAAAGCCUUGAGAGGCACGCAACGCAGGCGAAUCGCUGACGAGCAUAUUCUUGGCGGUCCGAUCGGAUCCCAAAUUGAUCGAGUCAAUUGGAUACAUUGUCCAGCCAGACUGCCUCUGUCGAACCCGACUCGUGAUAAGCCUACCCCGACUUUUAUUCAUCGAUCCCCGGCGUUGAGCCGCCCGCCACCGGGAUAACUUCAUCGAAGGGACUCCUACGGAGCCAACAGGCGGUGUGAUAAUAUCAGGUAAAGAAAUAGGGGGCCAAAAAAAAGAAAGAGGUAAAACCCACACUCAAACUUUCUCCUCAAGGAAUUGGCUUCUCCUUUCCUCUGUUCCAUCCCCAAUUCUUCCUCCGUUGAAUCAGGGCUACACUAUAAUCUAAAAACUCAAAAGCUGUUCUUGCAUGCUUCUCUUGACGACAACAGCUCAUUGUCACCGCAUGCUGUCACGAGUUGAAUAAUGGGCAAACAAAAGCAAUCUAUGAGUCCUUUGUUUGAUACCCUUGGGAUGGAGAGGGUUAGGACAAUUUUAACUAAGAAGUAUUCUUAUCCACAUGAGCAUUCAAGGCAUGCUAUGACUGCAGUGAUAGUGGGAUGCCUAUUCUUCAUAUCAUCCGACAACAUGCACACUCUAAUACAGAAAUUGGACAAGAAUGUAAAAUGGUGGUCUAUGUACAUCUGCUUAAUUGGUUUUUUCUAUUUUUUCUCAUCUCCAUUUAUUAGGAAGACUAUCAAACCUAGCUAUUCAAACUUUAGCCGAUGGUAUAUCUCAUGGAUCUUUGUUGCUGCAUUAUAUCAUCUCCCUAGUUUCCAAUCUAUGGGAGUGGAUUUGCGGAUGAAUCUUUCUCUGUUUCUGACAAUUUUCAUCUCUUCUGUUGGUUUUCUUAUUUUGUUUCACAUUAUAUUUCUUGGCCUUUGGUAUAUGGGUCUUGUUUCUCGUGUGGCAAGAAAACGACCAGAAUUGCUGCCCAUCAUCCAGAACUGUACAGUCAUCAGCAUUGCUUGCUGUGUAUUCUAUAGUCACUGUGGAAACAUAGCCGUUGUUACAGAAAAACAUUUAGAUAGGAAGAGUUCAAGUUGGUUUUCCCUCCUAUAUUGGAAGAAGCAAGAUACAAAUUCUUGGAUAUCAAAGUUCAUUCGAAUGAAUGAGUUUAAGGACCAGAUUUGUUCUACUUGGUUUGCUCCCGUAGGAACUGCGAGUGACUAUCCUCUUUUUUCUAAAUGGGUCAUCUAUGGGGAGCUAGCAUGCAAUGGAUCAUGUCCUGGCCUUUCUGAUGAAAUAUCUCCCAUAUUUUCAUUGUGGGCAACGUUUAUGGGUCUGUACAUGGCUCAUUAUGUGGUGGAACGAUCAACAGGAUGGGCUCUUACACAUACUUCGCCCUUAUCUGAAUAUGAGAAGUUGAAAAAACAAAUGAAACCUGAUUUCUUGGAGAUGGUUCCAUGGUAUUCUGGAACGUCAGCUGAUUUAUUUAAGACUGUGUUUGACCUCAUGGUAUCUGUCACUUUGUUUGUCGGUCGAUUUGAUAUGCGCAUGAUGCAGGCUGCCAUGAACAAGGUUCCAGAUGAAGCAAAAAAUGAUGAUAUUUUCUUUGACCAUUUUUCCAAAGGAGAUGACUUUUGGUUUGAUUUCAUUGCUGACACUGGUGAUGGUGGAAACUCAACUUAUGCAGUGGCUCGAUUGCUGGCCAAACCUUCAAUACGUUUGAGGCUUGGUGACUCAAAUCGUUCUCUUUCACGUGGGAAAUUGCUUCUUAUUGGAGGAGACCUUGCGUACCCAAACCCUUCAGCAUAUACAUAUGAGAGACGCUUUUUCUGUCCUUUUGAAGAUGCUCUUCAGCCUCCGUCCUGGUACAAACCUGAACAUAUUGCAGUAAAUAAACCAGAGCUUCCAUAUGGGGUGUCUGAACUAAGCAAAUAUGAUGGGCCUCAAUGUUUUAUAAUUCCUGGCAAUCAUGAUUGGUUUGAUGGACUUCAUACUUUUAUGAGGUACAUAUGCCAUAAAAGCUGGUUGGGUGGGUGGUUUCUUCCACAGAAGAAGAGUUAUUUUGCUCUGGAACUUCCCAAAGGGUGGUGGAUAUUUGGUCUUGACCAGGCUCUGCAUGGAGAUAUUGACGUCUAUCAGUUCAAGUUUUUUGCAGAAUUAUGCCAGAAAAAGGUGGGAGAGAAUGACUGUGUAAUUAUUAUAACUCAUGAACCAAGUUGGCUUCUUGAUUGGUACUGGAAUGAUGUCACUGGGAAAAAUGUCUCUCAUCUGAUAAAGGACUACCUGAAAGGAAGAUGUAAACUUCGCAUGGCUGGAGAUUUACACCAUUAUAUGCGCCAUUCUUCCGUUCCAUCAGACAAACCUGUUUAUGUGGAACAUUUGCUUGUAAAUGGCUGUGGUGGAGCCUUUUUGCAUCCUACACAUGUCUUCAGAGAGUUCAAUAACUUUUAUGGAAGUCAUUAUGAAAGCAAAGCCACUUAUCCUUCUUAUGACGAUUCUAGUAGGAUUGCAUUGGGCAAUAUUUUGAAGUUCAGAAGGAAGAACUGGCAAUUUGAUUUCAUUGGUGGCAUCAUAUACUUUCUAUUAGUAGUUUCUAUGUUUCCACAGUGUGAUGUUUUCCGCAUCUUGCAUCAUGAUUCAUGGUCAGGCCGCAUCAAUAAUUUCUUGAGGACAAUGUGGAAAGCAUUCUUGUACAUGCUGGAUCACUCUUAUGUGUCUUCUGCUGCUACUCUUGUGUUGACAUUGGCAUCAUUUUUCUUCUUGCCUACAAAACUAUCACGGAAAAGCCGUGCCAUAAUCGGUGUUCUUCAUGUUUCCGCUCAUUUGUUUGCUGCAUUAAUUUUGAUGUUGCUUUUGGAAUUAAGUAUUGAUAUAUGUGUCCACAAUCGCCUAUUAGCAACUUCAGGCUAUCACACACUUUAUGAAUGGUAUAGAUCCAUGGAAAGUGAGCAUUUUCCUGACCCGAGUGGGCUGCGGGCUCGUAUUGAACAAUGGACAUUUGGACUUUAUCCUGCCUGUAUAAAGUAUCUUAUGUCAGCUUUUGAUGUUCCUGAGGUUAUGGCUGUUAGCAGAAGUAACAUCUGCAGAAAAGGUAUUGAGGUACUUCCACGGGGUGGUGCUAUCAUCUACUAUGCUUCAGUGUUUCUUUACUUCUGGGUCCUCUCUACUCCAGUUGUCUCUCUGAUAUUUGGAAGCUAUUUGUAUGUAUGCAUCAAUUGGUUUCAUAUUCAUUUUGAUGAAGCUUUCUCUUCCCUUCGGAUUGCGAAUUGCAAAGCAUUUACUCGUUUUCAUAUAACUGCGGCUGGUGAUCUUGAAGUCUUCACUCUUGCUGUUGAUAAGGUUCCGAAGGACUGGGAGUUAGAUCCAUAUUGGGAUGCUGAACCAAAACAGCCACUACAGUUGAGCCAUAUCAGAAAGUUUCCCAGCAAAUGGAGGUCGGCUUAUGGUGCAGACCCACUCAAAUCUGUGCGUGUUGUUGACCAUUUCGUUAUCCAUCGGAAACCAAACUCUGCUGUUGGUUCAACUAGUUGAUUCCAGUUCUGGUUCAGAUCUAAACUAAUGCAUGAACUUUCUUGCAAGUGAACAAAUUAUCACAGGCAGAACUGUUCCAUACACUUCUAUUACUGCUCCUGCUGCAGGUUUAGUCAACUUUGUAGCAUAGUCAGCCAUUAUCAUCAUUCAAACGCCCCUUGAGUCAAACCUGACUUUCAUCGGUGGCUUAAGUUCUGAUUUGAUGUAAUUAUUAGUAUAUGUCCAGCAGUUAUAGUAACAGAAAAAUAUGAGAGGGAUUCGGAUCAUAUGAAACGCUGGUUUGUAUGUGUCGUAUACACUACAUUAUCAAUUGUUACACAGAACAUCAAUUCUUAGCUAACAGAAACUUUUUGCAGUCAGAACUGGCUCUAGUCUCUUGUAA